UGGAAGUUUAGCAAAAUUCCAACCAGUCACUUUAUGAAAAGAACUGACCUUUGAUAUCAGGAACUAUAAAGUCAACAUGUGUUAUUGUUUAACAGAGGGUUGGGUUGAGAGUGCACAUAGUUUUAUUACAACCUACUUUUCUUUGAGCUGGGGUGACUGUUUUGAGCAGCUUAACAGACAUCUAGAAUGACUCCUUUAAAGGAUAAACAUCUCUUGGUUUUGCAACAUGUUGUCGUUGUCCUCCUUUUUCUAAUACAAUCUUGUGGUGGUCAGCAUCAGAUGAUUGGUCCAACUCAGCCAGUAGUGGCCAUGAUUGGUGAUGACAUCAUUUUGCCAUGCCACCUGGAACCUGCUGUGGAUGCUGUUGACCUGACUGUGGAUUGGUCCAGAACUGACCUCAAACCUAGAUCUGUCUAUGUGAGGCGAGAGGGAGUGGAGCUUCUGACUGAGCAGAAUCCUUUGUACACAGGAAGAACAUCACUCUCUGUCAACAAACUGCAGUGUGGAGACGUUUCAUUGAAACUCUCCACAGUGCAACUCUCUGAUGCAGGAACAUACAAAUGCCUUGUACCUAAAUUUAAUGCAGAAACUGUGGUGACGCUUGUUGUGGGUUCAGUUUCCUCACCAGUCAUAGAACUCACCAAUGUCAAAAACGAAAUGAUGUUAGAGUGUAAAUCUAAUGGCUGGUAUCCAGAGCCUCAGAUGUUGUGGGUGUACAGUGAGGGAAAACCUGUUUCUGUUGAACCUACAAACAAUGUCAGAGGUUCUGAUGGGCUCUAUAGUCUUAGCAGUAAAGUGACUGUGGAGAAAGGACAGAGCUACAGCUUCGCCUGCAAAGUUCAACAGAAGAAUAUCAGUCAAAUCAAAGAGGCAAACAUCCAUGUUUCAGGUGAUCUCUUUAUGGUUCAGUCUAAUACUGCUGUUCACAUUAUCAUCAACUUGGCUGUCUGUUUAAUAACCGUCGGGACAGUAGUAAUCCUAAUAUGGAAAUGUGAACAAAAGAAAUCCAAGAACAAGAUACACGAUACGGAUGAAAAUGAACUACAUCAAACAGAGAUGGAGAAGAAACUACAGAAAGUGUGUGAGGAAACGAAAAGACUUGAAGAUCAGUUGCAGAACAAUGAGGAAGACUUAAAACAUGUCCAACAAACCAUUGGAAAACUAAUGGAGCAGAAGACAUCUCUGAAGAACCAAAAAGAAAACCUCAUUGCACUACUGAAGGAGGACAAUAAACAAUUGACAGAGAUCGGGAUAAAGAUAAAGAAAGAAACCCCAUUACUUCAGAAAGAAAAAAAGGUCAAUAAGCGUGAAGAUAAAAAAACUGACCUGGAAAACAGAAUAAAAGUGCAUGAAGAACUGCUAAAUAUGACAGAAAAACUAAUGGAGAAAACAGAGAAGAUUAUAAUCCAAAUGACAGAAAGGAAAGGAAAGCUAGAAAAAGACAAGGAACAAAUUAUGAAACACUUGAAAGAGGAACAAAGAAAUGAAAAAGAUUUAGAAGAAAGUGUCAGAAAAACAAGCGAGAAAGAAAGUUCCUCAGACAAUUUUGUGUCUGAUUCUAAUAACAGGCCUCACCAAGAGUUCGAUCUUGGUGAGUGUGUACGUGUGGUGGAGGAAGGUGUUGAAAAAGACACAUUAGAGCCUCUAAUCGCAUAAAGUGUGUGACUACAAAAUGUAUGAUUUAAUAAUAUAAGUUUAACAAAAUCAAUGAAAAAUGUUAACAGAGUUUUAAAAAGGUGAAACAAAGUAUUCCUGUGUUUGAAUUAUGUUACAAUGAAUGUUAAUGGAAAAAUUUGCUAAAGAAAAAUUCUGCAUAUUAAGAAUAACAAAGAAUAUGUAAUGAAUUGAUUUCAAGGUUUAAAAAUACAAAUUUUGUGUUAAAUGUAAUUUAGACAGAGAGAGAGAGAGAGAGAGAGAGAGAGAGAGAGAGAGAGAGAGAGAAAGAGAGAGAGAUGCGGUGUGGGUGGACAGGUUGACCAUAAAAAUGUGUGUAAAAGAGAUUCUGCGUUCUUCCCUGUUGUCUUCUGUGAGAUGAGCAGUUCAGAAGAUUGGAUCUAAGAGAUUCACAGUUUCUCAGAAGAUUCCAGCAGGGACACUAAAAGGGGUAAUGGAAGUCUAAACCUUAAACUGGUGAAUUGAUUUUCGAAUUUAUAUCUGCUAAAAUACUAUGAAUGGCCAGCUGCUUUCCUGUUGGGUGAUUAUCAUCAGUGGAUUUUCAGAUCUAGUUGCACUCAUCCUGUCUCUUCACCAAAGAUAAGAACAAAUACAGCUCACAAUAGGUUAAUUAGAUAUGUGUAGUUUUUGAUUAUUGUUUGGGGAUUGUUACUUAUUUGUACUAUUUUACUUCUACCAUUCUCCUGCUAGAUUUCUUUAAUAAAAUAUU